AUGGCUUUACAAGCAGUUUGCGCUGUGCUUUCAAUUCAGGAACUGUUGUGGGCAAGAGAACAGUUCGCAUUACAUAAAGCGAAGUUGUUUGCAAAACUGCUCUCAUAUGAAGAGUUUUGCCGUAGUAUCGCAAAUUUGGUAAAAGAUUUGAGGAAGCAAACGUUGGCUAAUGGUACAAUUGAUGAGGGGUACGCUUAUGCGGUUGUUAAACAGUGUGCUAAAAACUUCUAUGUCGAUAAGAUAUGGAAGGCGGAGCAACUUCAUGAAGUUUUGUACACUGUUUUACAACAGCGUCCUUCAAUGAAGAAAUUCGUCAUAAACCUCCUUGAAAAGAAGUAUGGUGAUUCAGAGAUGGCAAGGAGAUGGAUAGUAACUGAAAUGAAAUCUCGUUUACCGCAGGAUGUCCCUCCGUUGUCAACUGUAACAUUUUCUAGCGAAAAUACGACUGUCAACUUUUGGACAUCUAAUUCGCCAUUCUUGAGUAUUCCUGAAAAUGUUAGCUCUGUCAGUUUCGUAAACGAUUUGGAAAAGUUGCAACGUUUGACAGCUUUUUUGGAGAAUUACAGCUACGACAAUCGUCCGGUGGCUGCAUUAGAUUCUGAAUGGUCUUCGUAUCGUUCCUAUCCAAAGUCUGUUUUACAUCUUUUGAGUCACUUAGCUACCAUUUUACAAAUAGCUUUCCCAAACAAUGUGUACAUCCUCGAUCUUGACGGACUGGAACGGAAGCAUUUAAAUGAGUUCUUGUCAAAGUUGUUUGGCGAUAAAAGAAUUACAAAAAUUGGUUUUCAGUUUAGCGAGGAUCUGACUCACAUCUGUCGUGCAGUUCCUAUCUGCGAAAGCCUGUAUAAUCCGAAGAAUCUCAUAUGCGUCGACAGAAUAGUGAACAGACUCCUAGGCGAAAGUUCAAAGCAUCCUGACGUUGGUUUGGACGGUAUCAUUAACGUCGUAGAUGCGUUAACUCUUAAAAAUUUGAAAGAUACUGAAGGAGUCUUGACACCGAGCGGAACCGUUGAUGGUGAGAGCGAUGUAAAGGUUCAAGUUGGUGAGGUGGAUUCAGAGGACGACAGAAGUAGCGAAGCAUCGAUUACUGAAGAGAUACCUGAAAACACUUGCUCUCGGAGACGUAGUUCCAGUGAUGAGGAGAAAAUGUUGGAAACCGUAUCGGACAAGAAAAUGAAGAAAGCUGUUCCUAGCAAAAGAGCAGGUUUUCUUGAUGAGAAAAAAAGGAAGAUAUUACGCACAGGAUUGUCUGGAUAUUGUGAAUUUCUUUUCGGAUCCCCGUUGGAUAAGACCGAACAGUGCUCAGUCUGGGACAGAAGACCACUGAGAGACUUACAAACUCGGUACGCUGCGUUAGAUGCUUAUGUUGUGCUCAUGAUGUUUGAAAAAUGCGUUGAGUGGGCUAGAAGGUUUGGCCUUGAUGUAUACGACUUAUGUGCUAGUGAACCGCCUAUGAAAGUUCAACUUCCGCUUUUCUUCAAUGUUAAAGUCGGUGUAUACGGUAGGAUCUGGGAUUUUCCAGUGCGCGCAGCAAUUGAAUUGCAGAUGUAUCGAGGACCACAACUGUCGUCAAGAAAGUUAUGUGGAAUGGCCGUAAUGACCAGGGAGUGGAUGUCGGAAGUUUUCAUGGAAAAAGGUGGUUCACAGAACUGUGGUUUUAAAGUUUAA